AUGUUAAAAUCGAAACAAGAUGUUGAUAGACAUGUGAGAAAUAUAUUAGGCAGAAUUAAAGAUGAAAAAGAGAAAACAUCAAGAGGAUAUCAGAUUGCAAGGCUGUACUAUGAGAUAAAAGAUUUUGAAUCUGCCAAAAGAUAUCUGACUAAUUUCUUGAGUAUGAGAGAAAAUGUACCACAGGCACACAAGUUAUUGGGACAAAUUAACGAAUCACUGAAUCAGAAUGAGUUGGCUAUUCAGUCAUUUAGAAGAUCACUGGAAUUAGACAGCAAUCAGCAAGAUUUAGUCAAUAAAGUUGGCGGUAUGUAUUCUAAUCCUAGACUUGAAAGGACUGAGAGACUGGUAGAUAGAAGUGUAGAUGAUCACAUGAAAACCAUAAAACAAUUGGUAGUGAGCAAACGAGCAGUGGAAGCAUUCCAUCUAAUUAAAGAAAUAGAAGGUGAUCAACUAUAUAAAAAUAGUUUAGAAUGGUAUGAAUAUCUGGUGGAGAAUUUCACUGUGAUAAAGAACAGUAUUGAUGAAGAUGAAAUGAUUAUAUAUAUUUAUCAUUUAUUAUCUGUUCUACGAUUAGCAUAUCUACAGUUGUCUAGUAAAUAUCUGGAAAAAUGUAACAACACUAUUCUCUUAAUGGAUGAAUUGCUGUGGAAGGCUGAGAAGAUUUGUGAUAAGAAAAAGGAAUGGAAAUAUUUAAGAGAUGAGAUUCAGGCACAAUUAUUCUAUCUGGCUGGAACACUACUUCUUAAAAAAGCAGAAAAGAAAUUACUGCCCUAUAAAGAUGUGGUACCUAUAUCUAUGAUGUGUUAUUUAAUCAGCUGUAGUUAUCAAUGCUUACAAGAACACAUGGACUGGUAUAAUUUGAUAAGUAAAGAACACAAGUUAUUUGCUGAUCUCUUCAGCUACAGCAACUAUAGGUUAUGCCAAGCAGGACAUAUGCUACACAUAAUGGAUAAGAGUCCAUCAGUAAAACCUGUCCAACAUUACAUGCAGCAACUAUGUGCCACACCUUGGAAUAAAACUCUUCAUGAUCAGUUGUUUCCAUGGAUACGUAAUGGUGAAAGUAGGGGCUCUUUUAUAUUGAUGUCUACUGCUAUUUAUAACCGAUCUCUCACUGUACCCAAAGUUGAUGAAGUGGUUAAAUAUGAUAAAGAAGCAUCUCAUUUGGUACAACACAAAUUGUCUGAGAUAGUAUGGAUAUUGGUACAGAAAUAUUCCCCUGAAGAAAUAGACUUUGAUAUUGAAUUGAAUUUCUCUAAACUACAAUAUGGUGAAACUGAUUUAAAAUCCAAUGCUAUAGAAUCUCUAUCACAGUUAGAUAUUGAGGCUUUCCUGUAUGCUACUGUAAGAUGUUCAGCAAUGAAGAUAGCAGAAGAUAAGUCUGGACGACAUCCAUUUCUCCUACCAGCUGCAGCAGACACCAGUUUCUGUAGUCCAGAACAAACAGAAUGGUGGAAAUUCGCAUUCUGCUUCUACUCUAACAAUAAAUUGACUGAUUUUGGUAAGAUGAGAAGAACAUUACAACAUGGAUUGGAAGUUAUUAGACUAAUUGGCUCGAAUCAUGGUUUAUCAGUGGACAUGUUAUUAUAUCUUGCUAAAUGUUUUGAAGCCAAGAUGAAUAAAGAUGUAGAAUACACAGCUAGUCAGUUGACAUUAAUUAAAGAUAGAGCUUAUCAUUACUGGUAUAAUGUACUUACUUUACUAGAACAAAUUGAGAGUAAUGGAGGUAAUGUUCCAGUAGUGUCAUCUAAACAUCUCUUCCCUGAAGUUGAUACUCAUAAAAUAUUAGAUCCUAAUACCAUGCUGACAUUGAAAGAAGAAAUUAAACUGGCUAUUGGUAAACGUCUACAAGAAGAUGGUGUUUAUGACAUGGCGCUAGAUUAUUAUAGGUCUAUAGCAUUACCCUGGGCUUCUUUUUAUUCUUCUGAGGUCUACAGAUUGAUGGGUGAAAGGGAAGCAGAACUCAGUGAUCAAAGGAAGAUUUAUCUGGAAAAAUCUUUAAGCUGUCUACAUUUAACAUUAGACAGAUUACAAGGCGAUAAACAUCAUGAACUCAAUCAGUUAAUUUAUCCUUAUAUAAAAGACAUUGAGAAAUUGAUCAGACAGUCAGAAAAUGAAUGGGAAGAAGAUGCUAGUAAUAAUAGUAGAUAUCAUACACCACAAGGUAAAGUGGAUGUAGAUCAUUACCAACAAAAUACAUCAACACCUAGUAGUAAAUCUUCUUCUUCAGCUAGACGGCUAAAUUUAACACCACAGGUGGCUGAGAAGAAACACCUUCAACCUAGUCCAGAAAGAUUAGAUUCUCAGAUACGUCAACUAUCUCACUACCAGGAAUCCAUAUUGAAAGUUGUUCUACGCAGAAAUGAGGAGUUGGCCAAGAGUAAUGUUGAUCUAGCAGCUAGUCUGAAAGAAUGUAUGGAGACUAUCAAAGAAUUGAAGUUUGAAAUGUACCAUCGUUCUGCACUGUUUGGUGGAGGAAUGAAUGCAUCCAGAUCCUACAUAGGUGUGCAGUCUCCAUACAAAGCUGAUAUGUUACCCCACGACAUGAUGAGUCCCGCUUCUGCACCUUUCAUGGACUCUCCCAAACCACCAGCACAUCUCUUACCAUCACAGAUGCCAAAAGGUGAUCGAAUGUCUCAAAUGUAUCAAUACAGUAAUGUGAUGGAUCCCAAUUCAUGUCAAAUGAACAUGCCCAAUCGAAGAAUGCAGCAACAGUAUGGUAGUAUGCCAGACAUGGAAUCCAAUUAUCCAGGAAAUCAGUACUUUUCUCCUGUAAGUCACGACAAUUCAACAUUCUCUCAACUUCCUGGACCUGGAUAUUUCUCUCCUAUAAAGUGUGCUUCUAAAGUUCCUCAGCCAGAGCCUGUACAAGCACCAGUGGUUCCACACCAGUCUCAAAAUUUACCAGAUACAUCCAGUCCUUUCCAGGUCCUGUUCUGUGGAAGGAUCUCUUAUGGAAACAAUUCCAAUGUUAUUCUGAAGAUAAUCUCUAUUGGAAACCUCACUCAAGUAAUCCUGGAACCAACUCUUGGUGUGGGAGAGAUUGAAAGCUAUGAUGUAAGAAAUUUAACCAUGCACACAUCAUUGAGUCCAUUGAUGGUCAUUUGCAAACAUAAAUCUACUGGAUUUGAGAAGAUUUUACAUUUGACAUUCGAAACUAUGGAUAGGUCUCAUGUUUUCACUCAAAUAUUGUCUCAAUUUUUGCCACCAGUGCAACAUGCUGAAUUUCCAUCUACUGUCCAAGCAUCUCCCAAGAAUUCAAGCCUUCCCAGUUUUAGUGGCUUUUCGAAUCCUGUUGACAAACCAGAGCCAGUACAACAAACUCCCAACUCUCCACAAGUUCCAGAAAGUCCAAAGGCCACAGAACAUAAUACAUCAGCUGAGGAAUAUGAGCCCAAUGUAACUUUUGAGCCAGUGAUUGCGCUACCAGAAUUAGUACCAGUGAGAACUGGAGAAGAAGGAGAAGCUGUGAUCUACAGUGAUCGUGGUAAACUCUUCAGAUAUGACUUAGCUGCUAAAUCUUGGAAGGAGAGAGAUUCUUAUAGGUUCCUAAUGCGCAGAGACCAAGUUCUGAAAAUAUGUGCUAAUCACGUUUUGACCAAGGAUAUGAAUUUGACAACUCUAUCAAACUCUGAUAAGGCUUGGUGUUGGUCUGCUGAUGAUUUUGCUGAUGAAGAAGUUAAACAUGAAAAAUUUGCACUCAAAUUUAAAACACCAGAAGCUGCACAAAAUUUUAAAGCAGAGUUUGAAAAGUGUCAAUCUCUACUGCCAGAAACAAAAACUGGUAACUCACCUGUUGUAAAGGAAACAAAACCAACUCCUGGAAUACCAGUAAAAGACUCCAGUGAAUCAACUAAUUCAGCUUCUAGCUCAUCUCAAGCAGCUGUCUUUGGUAAACCUGCUUUUGGAGGCUCUGCUACUUUUGGCUCCAAACCACCUGCCUUUGGAUCCACUGGUACUAGUGCUUUUGGAUCAAGUUUAGUGAAACCACCAACUUUUGGAACAGCAGCACAUGAUUCAAAUAAAAAAGAAAGUCCAUUUUCAGGAUUUUCACUAACCCCUAAAACACCACCAAAGAAAGAUACCUGUGAACCAGCUAAGACUGCAAGCCCAUUUGCAGGAUUCAGUUUCAACAAUAAAGAACCAACUUCAGAUGCAUCUAAAAAAUCACCACUUAAACCACCAGUUCUUGAAACUAACAAAUCAAAACCUACUGAAAAUAAACAACCAUCUUUAUCUCAAUUGUUUAAACCUGAUCCUGGUAGCUGGGAAUGUUCUGGCUGUUUAGUUUCCAAUAAGAGCAACGUCAGGAAAUGUCUGGCUUGUAAUACACUCAAACCUGGAGAGAAGCCUGAACCUGCAGUUAUGUCUACAGAGGGCGGAGCCUCAACGAAAUUUUCAUUCGGUGCCAGUGGAGGAUUUUCAUUUACUUCAACAGAAAAGAAGAAUGAUACUAAUACACAAAAGUCUGGGGGAUUCGUUUUUGGGUCAAGUAGUGCCUUCACAACUCCCUCACAACCAGCUGCAUCAGGUAUUCCUGUAUUUGGGACUCAAAAACAACCAGAAAAUACUGCAGUUUCCAAAGAAGCAAAGCAGCCAACAUCAGUCAAGUCUUUAUUGGAAUCUGAGAGUUGUGAAGCAUCAAAAGAAUUUGAGGCAGAGUAUGGAAAUGAUAAGAAUGUUGAUAAAACUGUACCACUUUCAGAACUCUUUAAGAAUAAGAAUGACACAUGGCAAUGUACUGGUUGUCUUUGUAGUGUGAAGACCUCUUUAAAACAAUGUCCAGCUUGUAUGACCAUGAAACCAGGAGAAUUGCCUGAUUCUGUCCCAACCUCAACUGCUGAAUCUGUAAAAUUUAGCUUUGCUUCAGGUGGCGGAUUUUCAUUUUCAUCCAAACCUGAAACAAGUGCGCCAAAGGAAAGUGGAAGUGGAUUUACCUUUGGCAGUCAGUCAGUUGCAGCUCCUAAAGAAACAGGAUUUUCAUUUGGAUCCAAACCUGCAUCAAAUGUGACUUCCACAGUGCCUGAAAAAGAUGCCUCUGGUGCGUUCUCAUUUGGAACAAAACCACCAGAUUCAAGCACACCAAAGAGUACUGGAUUUUCUUUUGGAACCAAACCAGCUGCUGACUCUACGACAGAUAACACUGGGUUUGCUUUUGGAACUCCAUCUGCCCCUGGGACAAAUAAACCUGGAGCAUUUAGCUUCAAUCCAGUGCCACCUACAACAUCAAAGACACCAGUACCAACAGAUGGAUCCAAAGGGUUCACGUUUACACCCCAGUCAACUCCAAAAGCAACUAGUCAGGGUACCUCAAACCCCUUUACUGCAGGUUCAACUCCUGGAUUUACCUUUAGUAUGACACCUACUAAACCAGCUUCAGGACAGACAUCAACAACCAAAUCCCCAGUCAAUAAACCUAAUACUUCCAACAAUGAUGAUUACUAUGUCAAUAGUGAAGAAGAUGAUUCCCAUAUAGUUUUUGAGCCUAUCAUUCCAUUACCUGACAAAGUUGAAGUCAAGACUAUGGAAGAAGAUGAAGAUGUUCUUUUUAAUUAUCGAUCCAAGCUCUUCAGAUUUGUUAAUGGCGAGUGGAAAGAGAAAGGUCUCGGAAAUAUCAAAAUUCUGGAACAUAGAGAAACCAAGAAAAGACGUAUCGUGAUGAGAAGAGAUCAAGUCCAUAAAGUGUGUUGUAAUCAUUUACUAACUUCAGACAUGGUCAUCAAAGAUAUGCCUAAAUCAGACGGCAAGGCUUUGGUGUGGUUUGCUCACGAUUUCUCAGAUGAAGAAGAAAAGGUUGAACAAUUGUCUGCUAAAUUUAAAACAGCUGAAAUUGCUUCCCAAUUCCAAGAAUUAUUUGAAGAAUCUGUCAAGAAAGCUAAAGAAGGUGGGAACCAAGAUACAUCUCAACAUACUUCUACUUUGGAGGAAAGUGCUGAUGAUAAAGAUGAUGAUGACGUUAUAUAUGAAGAUAUUGAAUAUGCAACUCCAGAAGAAGUACAGUUGGCCAGAAAAUACCAACUACCUGACCAUUUCUAUCUUUAUACCAGAAAACCUCCUUGUCCUGGUUGCCGUGGUUGCGAGGAUGAAGCUUCUGUUCAGAAACAAGAUCCUACCAAGAAAGUAUCAAAGAUCCCAGUUUCUUCAAAAACCUCUGAACCCAAAUCAUCACCACAACCACAAGCAGCAGAUAAACCUGCGCCAUCAUUGUUUGGGUUUGGAUCUGCCACUGCUGCACCAAGUGCACCUAGUUUUGGUUCACUGGCAUCUAACCAAACGUCAGUAGUUAGUCCAUUUAGUAAAGAUUUAGCUAAUAAAGAUCUAAGUUCUGUAACAUUUCAAGGUGGUGAUACAACAUUUUCUACUUUAGCUGCAUCUGCUGGAGAUAAUACCUUUAAUCAAAUGAAAAGUAGCAAAUCGUUUAAAUGGAGUGGAGCUGGUUCUAAGCUAUUUGGUGGUGGUGGUGGUGGUGGUAAUGAUAGUACAGACCAGGCUGAGGAAUCCACGGAUGAAGUCAAGAAUGAAGACAUACAUUUUGAGCCUGUUAUUCCUCUACCAGAUUUAGUGGAAGUGGUCACUGGAGAAGAAGAUUGGGAGUCAAUAUUCACUCAAAGAUCUAAGUUGUUCCGUUUUGAUAAAGAUACAUCACAAUGGAAAGAAAGAGGCACUGGUGAAAUCAAAAUAAUGAAGUUUCAAGAUAAAGAGCAAUACAGAGUGUUAUUUAGAAGAGAACAAGUGUUAAAAGUGGUCUGUAAUCAUAUGAUUGGACCUCAUAUUGAAAUGACACCAAUGAAUUCAUCAGAAAAAGCCUGGUGUUGGGUAGCUGAAGAUUUUAGUGAUGAAGAAGGCAAGAUUGAAAAGUUUGCUGUUAGAUUUAAGACAAUGGAAAUAUCCCAGAAAUUUAAAGAAGUAUUUGAUAAGGUUAUAUUAGCUCUUCAAAUGAAAGAUCAAUCAUUAGAAGAUAAGAAUGAGAAUAAUGUCACUGAAGAAGAUAAUGAUGAUGUAUUAUUUGAUAAAAGAGCAACUCUUUUUACUCUAGAUGGAGAGCAGUGGACGAAAUUUGGUUUAGGAAAUCUAAAAGUUCUUAAAGAUGAGGAUGUCAGUGGAAAUAGUGUAGAGUUUGUGGAUGAUGAAGGACAAGUUGGAUGCCAACAUAUCAUCUGUGAAGAAUACACUAUAGAAUUAGAAAGAAGUAAGAAAUACUGUAUCUGGUUGGCUGUAGACUUUUCAAGAAAACAAAAGAAAGAAAUGAAAUUUAAAGCCCUGUUCAGUUCACCUAGUUCUGCUGAGGAAUUUUUCAAUAAAUUUACAGAUAGUUUAAAGUUAGCCAGUGAUUCGAGAUUAACCCAGUUAGAUGUUAAUGAUGAUGAAGAAGAUUAUAAUUAGAGUUCAAAACUAAUGGUUUUCAUCAUAAAAAUUAGACUUCAGUCUUUCGUUUGUUUUUAAAAGUAUAUAUCAUAUAAUUGUGAAUAUAAUGCGCACCUCUUUAAAUGUCUUUUGCAUUAUUGUUCUUGGUUACUGUUAAAAAAACAAUCACUUUCAGUUAGCCAUUCUACACUAUGUUAAUGUUUAUUUUGGAUUUGGUGACUGUACUUCAAAGGCCACUGAUGUUUGAAUUUUAGGAAUGGUGGUGCACUCAAGUAACCAAAAUCUGCUUUCUUGAUGUAAGGUUGUCAUUGUUGGUCAAGCUUUAUGGCUUUGUUACAAUAACAAUCGAGUUUCAAAACAACUGAUUAUUUACAACGUUCUGUGUCUGAAAAUGUGCCUGAAUCAAACAUUAUAAAACAAUUUAUUAAUGAUCUGUAACACUUUGUUAUAAACUUACCUAACAUGUAUGGCUUAGGUUAUAAAGAUAGAACGAAACCUC